AAUGUGCUGAAAUUGGAAGGAGGCGGUGUUUUGCUGAUCUGUUAAAUUCUUAGUGAAGUUUCCUUGAUUUCCAGUGGCUGCUGUUGUUUGAGUUUGGUUUGGAGCAAAACUGAGAUAGUCCUGACAUUUCUGGGACUGAGUCCAGGCAAGAGGAAGAAGAAAGAGAAGGAGAAGGAAAAGGGAAGAAAAAAGGUGGGGAGAAAUAAAGGAGGAGAGGAGCGUAGGAAAAGAAAAAGAGACUUUUUUCAACAUCACAUUCCUGUGUUUUCCCUCAGCCUGGAAAACAUAUUAAUCCCAGUGCUUUUACGCCCGGAAACAAAGGGACUAAGCCAGACUGUGGGGGAAAGAGUGAUAAGAAGGAUCCUGGAACUCUGCAGAGGGAGAGAGAGAGAUUCAGAAAUCGCUAGGACUCGACUUUAAGGGACGCCCUGUGUCGGCACAAGCGACUGGCACACACAGACGCAGAAGACCAAAGAGAAACUGCAAGACAAAUGGAGAUACAAAGAUUUAAAAGGACAGCUCCUAUCACCUCAUCCUCCUUGUCCAGAAGGUAAAAAGACUCAGCCCAAAGCAAAGACAUCAGCCCAGCGCUCAGUCAGGACAGGCUGCGGAUCCGUGGUGCUACUGGAAAGCUGGGACAGCAGCACACCCCUUUGUACUGCUCACCCUCAGAAAGGAGACAGAGGGUUGGGAGGAAAAGUGUUUCAUCUAGGAAACUGUCCUGGGGACCAAACUUCCAGAUUUCUUUUGAAACCCUCUACAUUCCAUCUCUAUGAGCCACAAUCGGAUUACACAAUGACGUGGAGAAUGGGACCCCGUUUCACCAUGCUGUUGGCAGUGUGGCUGGUGUGUGGAUCAGAACCCCACCCCCAGGCCACAAAUAGAGGGAGCCACGGAGGGCGGAAAGUGCCUUUGGUUUUGGCAGUCAGUGGUCGGCCAGUUCGGUUUCUGAGGCACACGGGGAGAUCUCGUGGAAUUGAGAGAUCCACCCUGGAAGAACCCAAGCUUCAGCCUCUCCAAAGAAGGAGGAGUGUGCCAAUAUUGAGACUAGCUCGCCCAACGGCACUGCCAGUCCCCGUAGGCAUCAACGGGGCCCUCGUGAGACCUGAGCAGAGACCAACAGCCAGGAGCUCUCCCCGUGAGAUGGUCCGAGAUGAGGGGUCCUCAGCUCGGUCAAGAAUGUUGCGUUUCCCCUCUGGGUCCAGCUCUCCCAACAUCCUUUCCAGCUUUGCAGGGAAGAACAGGCUGUGGGUUAUCUCAGCCCCACAUGCUUCGGAAGGCUACUACCGCCUAAUGAUGAGCCUCCUGAAGGAUGAUGUGUAUUGCGAGCUGGCGGAAAGGCACAUCCAGCAGAUUGUGCUGUUCCACGAGGCAGGUGAGGAAGGGGGCAAGGUACGAAGGAUCACGAGCGAGGGCCAGAUCCUGGAGCAGCCCCUGGACCCCAACCUCAUCCCAAAGCUGAUGAGCUUCCUGAAGCUGGAAAAGGGCAAGUUUGGCAUGGUACUGCUGAAGAAGACGCUGCAGGUGGAAGAGCGCUACCCUUACCCGGUCAGGCUGGAGGCUAUGUAUGAGGUCAUCGACCGGAGCCCCAUCCGCAGGAUAGAGAAGAUCAGGCAGAAGGGGUUUGUCCCCAAAUGUAAGGCCUCUGGUGUAGAGGGCCAGGUGGUGGAGGAGGGGAACGGUGGUGGAGGAGGAGCAGGAAGGCCAAGCCUGGGCAGUGAGAAGAGGAAGGAAGACCCAAGGAGAGCACAAGUCCCACCAACCAGAGAGAGUCGGGUGAAGGUGAUGAGAAAACUGGCCACCACUACGGCGGCUCCUCCCCCACCGCCCCCGACCCCCAGAGCCACCACCCUUCCUCCUGCUCCAGUCACAACAGCAACUCGGGCCACAUCCAGGGUAGUAACAGUAGCUGCAAGACCCACAACCACCACCACCUUUCCAACCACCCAAAGGCCCUGGACCCCCCGAGAGCACCCCUCCUCAGCCACCCACAGGCCCCCUGCAAUAGCUGAGGUGACCACUGCCAGGGGACCCUCAGUCUCAGAGAGUCUCUACCCUCCACCCAGGAAAGAACAGCAGAGGGAGAGGCCACAUGCCACCAGGAAGCCCAGCAAGGCCACCAGCUUCGAGAGCUUCACGGCUGCCCCUCCCACCACCAUCUCAGAGCCCAGCACAAAGGCUGCUGGCCCAGGCCGCUUCCGGGACAACCGCACGGACAGGCGGGAACAUGGCCACCGGGACCCAAAUGUUGUGCCAGGUCCUCACAAGCCCGCAAAGGGGAAACCUCCCAAAAAAAAGGCCCAGGACAAAAUUCUCAGCAAUGAGUACGAGGAUAAGCACGACCUCAGCCAGCCCACUGCCUCUCGGCUGGAGGAGGAGAUGCAGGUGGGGCAUAUUCCCCCCCAAAAAGCAAAGGAGACUAAAAAGCAUGAAAAGCUUGAGAAACCUGAGAAGGAGAAGAAAAAAAAGGUGAAGAAUGAAAAACCAGACAAGUUACUUAAGAGUGAAAAGCAAAUGAAGAAGGCUGAGAAAAAGAGCAAGCAGGAGAAGGAGAAGAACAAAAAGAAAAAAGCAGGUAAAACAGAGCAGGAUGGCUAUGAGAAACCCACCACAAAACAUUUCAUUCAGAGUCCCAAGAAGUCAGUUGCUGACCUGCUGGGGUCCUUUGAAGGCAAACGAAGGCUCCUUCUGAUCACUGCUCCCAAGGCUGAGAACAACAUGUAUGUGCAACAACGGGAUGAGUAUCUGGAAAGUUUCUGCAAGAUGGCCACCAGGAAAAUCUCCGUUAUCACUGUCUUUGGCCCUGUCAACAACAGCACCAUGAAAAUCGACCACUUCCAGCUAGAUAAUGAGAAACCCAUGCGAGUGGUGGAUGAUGAAGACUUGGUAGACCAGCAUCUCAUCAGUGAGCUGAGGAAAGAGUAUGGAAUGACCUACAAUGACUUCUUCAUGGUGCUAACGGAUGUGGAUCUGAGAGUCAAGCAAUACUAUGAGGUGCCUAUAGCAAUGAAGUCUGUGUUCGAUCUGAUUGAUACGUUCCAGUCCCGGAUCAAAGAUAUGGAGAAGCAGAAGAAGGAGGGCAUUGUUUGCAAGGAGGACAAGAAGCAGUCCCUGGAGAACUUUCUCUCCAGGUUCCGAUGGAGGAGGCGACUGCUGGUGAUCUCUGCCCCUAAUGAUGAAGACUGGGCCUAUUCACAGCAACUCUCUGCCCUUAGUGGUCAGGCAUGCAAUUUUGGUCUACGUCACAUAACAAUUCUGAAACUUUUGGGAGUUGGAGAAGAAGUUGGGGGAGUUUUAGAACUGUUCCCAAUUAAUGGGAGCUCUGUUGUUGAGCGAGAAGACGUACCAGCCCAUUUGGUGAAAGACAUACGUAACUACUUUCAAGUGAGCCCAGAGUACUUCUCUAUGCUUCUAGUUGGAAAAGACGGAAAUGUCAAAUCCUGGUAUCCUUCCCCAAUGUGGUCCAUGGUGAUUGUGUACGAUUUAAUUGAUUCUAUGCAACUUCGGAGACAAGAAAUGGCCAUUCAGCAGUCACUGGGGAUGCGCUGCCCAGAAGAUGAGUAUGCAGGCUAUGGUUACCAUAGUUACCACCAAGGAUACCAGGAUGGUUACCAAGAUGACUACCGUCAUCACGAGAGUUACCACCAUGGAUACCCUUACUGAACAGAAGUAUGUAACCUUAGCCCCAGCCAGUUUCCCCUGCAGCUGCUAAAGCCACAUGUGACCAGCUAUGUAAGCAGUUCUUCCACACUGCCUACAUCUCUUGCCUUUUUCUUUCAGUGUUCUUCCAAGAUUAAAUAAAUAGCAAACUUUUGCCUA